AUGUGGCGAGGAUGGAGAUGGCUAUCCCCGUCUCGCCUAGCCCCAUUGCCAUCCUUAGUUAAAGCCGAGAGGCACGAACAUGAAGAAGUCACAACUAGUGCUCCAACAAAUACUUUUUUAGGGGUAUAUGUGCCUUUAUCACUUGCCAAGGUUAGUGAAGAUGAUGCUCCACCUACUCUCAAUGAA